CUCUCGCUCUGUAUUAUUGCUCAGAAACCAGCCACCAUGGGGAGUUAAGGGGGUCAGUCGACGGGUUAUUUUCGUUAAUAUUUAAUAUCAGAAAGCUAUCCAUAUGCUGCGUUUUGGAGCACACAGUUCGCGCCAGUAUCCCCAAUGCAGCGGAUUACGGGGGUCGGGCUUUCAGAGACGGGUGAAUUGUUUGACAGCAAAAUCAUUGCUAGAGGGCAAGAUCUGACCUCUGCCUUGUGCAAUCAGAGACAUGAGUGUUGUCAGAGAAUUACAUGGGAUUGGGUACAGGGGCGGUGGCGGGGUUGUGGCCUCCCUGAGCGGCCCUACCCACUUUACCGAGGAUGCUCCGCGACCCCCAGUUCCUGGCGAGGAGGGAUCUGAUGUGGACCCCCCAGUUCCGUCAGCCAGCACCCGUCCUAACACCCUUUCCCAAACCCUCGGCUAUCCCCCGUUGUCCUCGUCAUCUAAAAUGGGGGAUCCAUCAAGUUACACACCCUCCUCGUCGUCUGCGACCCCGCGUCGCCCUGAUCUGGACCUAGGGUAUGAACCCGAGGGCUCGGCUUCACCAACUCCACCUUACCUGAAGUGGGCAGAGUCACUCCACUCUCUCCUGGACGAUCAGGAAGGCAUCCAGCUGUUCCGAACCUUCCUGUGCCAGGAAGGGUGUGCAGACCUUCUCGACUUCUGGUUUGCUUGCUCGGGGUUCAGGAAGACGAGCCAGGAGAAGAGGGCAAAGCUGGCCAAGGCCAUGUACAGGAAGUACAUUGUAGACGGAAGUGGGAUUGUCUCCAGGCAGAUCAAAGCAGCCACCAAGAGCUUCAUCAGAGACUGUGUGGUACGGCCGCAUCCAGACCCUGCCAUGUUUGAACAGGCCCAGACAGAGAUCCAGAGCAUGAUGGAGGAGAACACCUACCCUUUGUUUCUUAAAUCGGAUCUGUAUCUGGAGUACACACGGACAGGAGGAGAGAGCCCCAAGCCUAACCCCAGCGACCAGAGCCCUUCAUCGGGUCCAGCUAAGCCUGUGCCUGGGUACUUACCCACACUCGCAGAGGAUGAGGAGUGGAGGUGUGGAGGAGGAGGAGGAGGAUUGGGGGAGGUGGAGGAAGAGAAAGAUGAGGAGGAGUGUGGAGACACACCAGCUGGUAGGCUGACUCACAGCCUGCUGAUGCAGACAGCACCGCAGAGAUCCUCGACCAACAGGAGGAGGCCAGACAGUAGAGAGUACAGGCCCUGGCGGGAGCCGGUCAACCCAUACUACGCUAACAUGGGCUACGCUCGUGCUCCAGCAACCAGUGCCAACGACAGUGAGCAGCAGAGCAUGUCGAGUGAUGCAGACACACUGUCGCUGACCGACAGCAGUGUAGAUGGUAUUCCUCCAUACAGAUAUCGGAAGCAGCAUCGUAAAGAGAUGCAUGAAAGUGCCAAAGCCAAUGGACGUGUGCCCCUACCUCAUAUACCUCGCACGUACCGCAUGCCAAAGGACAUCCACGUAGAGCCUGAGAGGUUUGCAGCGGAGCUCAUCAGCAGGCUGGAGACAGUUCUCAGAGACAGAGAGGCUCAGGAAAGACUCGAAGAGAGGCUGAAGAGAGUACGACUGGAAGAAGAGGGGGACGAUGCUGACAUCUCCGUGACAACCUCCAUGUCUUCUCAUAGCAUACCACCCCCCCUCCCCUCAUCGUUUCCACCUCUCUACGGCGCCCGUUAUUCAGAGACCACUGCUAACACGGCAACAGUCGCCACUUAUGGCGGCCUGGUUGCCAUGGAGGAUUCCCAUGACGACGACCCAGAAUCUAUUUUGGAUGAGCAUGUACAGCGUGUGAUGAAAACGCCGGGCUGCCAAUCGCCGGGGGCAACCAACAGCACCUUAGGAGGAGGAGGUCGGCAUUCUCCUCCCAAAUCAUCGCGUUCACCUGACGGGGGAAUCGGCCCACCUCACUACCCCCCACACCGAGGAGGAGGUCACAGUCUGCCUGCUGCUGGGGUCAAAGGUUUGCAUCACCACAAGCAGCCGUAUCAUCACAGAGGAAGAGAAGGGCAGGAGGAGGCGGGCUCUAGGUCGCAGGCCAACUUCCUGUGGAACGGAGACCCAGCCAGCCAGUAUGCAGGGAGAAGUCGUAACUACGCUGACGGGGCUGGAGCCAGCACGCUUGAGGGCAUGGGUUACAGUAGUAAAGGCAGCACGCUAUCACGGCGAGGUUGUAAGAAGGCAUCGGAGACAUCGGGCAAAAGUGAUGAGAGUGGGCGUGGCGUGGAGGCCCAGGUACCACUGGAGGACCUGGAGAGAAACCAGAAGAUCCUGCAGUGGAUGAUGGAAGGAGACAGACAAAGGAAGACCUCACAUGGUGGCAGCACCAGUAGCUCCAGGAGGGCGGGAACCACCAGUGAGUCACCACGUCCAACUUCAGUGGAGCGACCUGGAGCUGUGCACCCCUGGGUCUCUGCCCAGCUGCGUAACAACCCCUCUUCGGUGUCCCCCGCCAUCCCCGGCUCAUCGUCCACGCAGGUCCAGCCCUCGCACCCUUUCAUCCAGGACCCAGCUAUGCCCCCAAACCCGGCUCCCAACCCACUUACCCAGCUGGAGGAGGCUAGGAGGAGGCUGGAGGAGGAGAGGAGGAGGAACGCACUACAGCAGGCUAAGCAGAGGCAUAAGUCUGGCAAGCGACAAGUGUGUGAGAACAUGACUGUUGCUUACUACUUUUGUGGAGAGCCAAUCCCAUACCGAACAUCAGUCAAAGGCCGCGUGGUGACUUUGGGCCAGUUCAAGGAGCUGCUUACCAAAAAGGGCCAUUACAGGUUCUACUUUAAGAAAGUGAGCGACGAGUUUGACUGCGGUGUAGUGUUCGAGGAGGUUCGAGACGAUGAUGCCAUCUUGCCUAUCUUCGAGGAGAAGAUCAUCGGGAAGGUGGAGAAGGUUGACUGAAAUUUGGGAACAGAAAGAUGACACAGAAUUGCAAAAAGAUCAUAUUGGAGGGGGGGAAAAAAAGGAGAUAGGAAGAGAACAUUGGGGUUGGAUAGAAAUUCAGCUGUGAGAAAAACGAACGAAAGAAAGUAGAAAGAUGGAAGGAGCGAUGUGUGACAGAAGGGAGAUUGCGCUGCAUGGUAGAAGCUCGAGUGUUAAGGAGGUGGUUAGUUUUUAUGGAAUAUCUGGAUAUCUGCGUCAUGCCUGGAUCAAACCCACACACAGCGAAAGAAGCUUGGCCAGAUGCAACCGGAGUGGAGGAAAGGAACAUAAAUUAUUUCACCUGUCUUGUCUCCACUGUGGAUAUUCGAGGAGCGCUGUUAAAAUCUGAUGUCUGACCAGUCUUCCACUUCCACUGCGAUGGAUGGAAAAGGGUGAGGGGGGGGAGGGGGACUGCUGGAAGGAGAAAGAGGAUAAAGUAGUCUUCCACUUCUGCUCUGGAGGAGCCUGUCCUCCGCAGACCAUUACGAUGCUGCUACAUUACCACGGAAAACUCUUCAAUCGGUGCUUGGGACAGUAAAGAAAGCAGUUUUGUUCCAUUCGGGAGUCUCGCUGCCUUUUGCUGUCUCUGUUCCUCAUCAGCUGGUUACAAGGGGAGAGGACAGAGGAUUUGGGGGAGUGGACCUUUAGCCUGCUUCUCCUCUUGUUGACUUCAUAGCCUCAAAACUGAAACUUUCUCACCCUUGAUUCCUAGAUGUCAUGUAGUGAUCUCUCACAUCAACAUGUUCAGACAACAGUUCUCCACACAACUUGUUUACCAAAGCUACAUAUUUUUGAUAAGACAAGUAUCCUAGCUACUUGUUUCAUUUUAUUUGAAUUGUGUAUGUACAAGGCAGGUACUAUUACUUAUUAAUGCAGCCUAAUUUCGUUAUAUCUCAACUUAAUGUUGUAUUAUUGUGUAUGUUUUGAAGCUAGUUCAUUAGUCAUUUCAGGGCAGCCAUUUUGUUUGUUUUUCCUCCCUCUAUAAUACAUCGUGCACCUCAAUCCUGUACUGUUUACCUGUUGAGCGUGCAGUUCUGUUCUCCUGAGCGAUGGAUUUUAAUCACAAGAUUGCUUUUUUUUUUUUCCACCCUCAAAGUUUAUCAUGAAAAACAAGAGCACACACUACAGGUGCACUAUCUUUGACCACAGUAUCUGUUGUUUUUAAACAGGUCACACUGUCACCUCAUUUCCAUCAUAUUUUUCUGCUAUACUGAGAGCCUGUGUACGUAACUCCAAACCCAAGUCUAGGUGCCUGCCUGCCUGCCUGGCCAGUGCCAUUACUAUCUAGAAUGCUUAUUCUGAAGCGUGUGGGUGGGUGAGUGUGAAAGCCUGUGUCUUGUAUGCCUGAACUCAGCCAAAGAGCAUAUUGUGCGUCCCAUAUGCCUACCAGCGUGUGUCUGUGCAGUCCCACAAGUAUCAAGUGAUUUUUUUUUUUUUUUUUUUUCCAUCAGGAGCAGAAGGGAAUCUUCUUCCUCUUGCAGAUUCCUAAACUUCAAACAUCGUAGCUUAAUAUUGAGUUUAAAAUCUGCAGUGAUUAAAAGGAUAGCGUGACCCUUUGGGAAAGGUGCUUAUUUGCUUUAUUGAUAAGAAAAAGAUGAGAGAGUUGAUACCACUCUGGUGUCUAUACGUCAAAUAUGAUGCUAGAAGGUCAGCAGUGGGUGAGCUUAGCUUAGCAUAAAGACUGGAAAUGGGAGGGAAAGGGCUGGCCUGGCUUUUGUAUGAAUUAAACAAACUUGGGCUGCUACUGAUUUUUAUUUUUUUUUAAAUCCUCUUAUUAUCAAUUCUGGAUUAAUUGAUUGUCCUGUGAAUGUCAACGGAUCACAGUUGCCUGCAGCUCAAGUUGGUGUCUUAAACAUUGCAGUUUGAAAAGUCAAGAUUUUCAAUUCGCUGUCAUAAAAAAGGAACAUUUUAGGAACUGGAACUUGUGAUAGACAUUUCUGUUUAAAAAAUAUAUUUAAAUUAAUUACCAAAAUUGUUACCAGUUAUUUUUCUGUUGAUCAUCUAAACAAUUAAUUUAACUUUCAGCUCUAGAACAAACUAGACGUAACGUUUAAACUAGUGAGCCUUAGAGGUGCCAGGCUAGAUUUUUCCAGUCUUAAUGUUAACCAUCUGCAGGCUGUAGCUUCACCUUUAACGCACAGACAUGGGAAAUGGUCUCAAUCUAGCUCUCAGCAAGACAGCAAAUAAGUGUAUUUCGCAAAAAACGUCAAGCUAUUCCAUCAGACUUCUCACAUCAGUAUAGUAGUGCAGUACGGCCAGAAUGAGGCCAGAAUACCAUAAAGCACCGUGCAGACAAUGCACUGAUCACACACCAGCUGUGUAAGCUGAAUGUAAUUUGACUUUUUUUAAACUUUUACCCGCUAUAUCCUCAAAGGAAAUCCCUUCAUUGGUCGUGUCAUCACGUCUGUCUUCAGUAUUGAUCUCAAACUGUUGGCCCGAGUUGAGAGUUUUGUGUUAUCUAUGCUGGUAGUUUAAUGGAAUGUGUCCGUCAGAUAAAGAGGUCCUACUGUACAUCUUGCAGGAAUGUCGAAUACAAUUUGUCCUGGGUUUUCUGCCCAGUAAGGGAAAACGUAGGAUCGGAAAACAUAUUUGUCCUCACUUCAACCCAUUAUGCCUUCAAUAUGAAAUUUAAAAUUUAGAUAUGUAUUUGUUUAUAAAAAAAAAUGUAAUUUUAAUAAUCACCAAGCAUGUUCUUUAUAAGGAAUGUUUUCCUGAUGAGUUGAAUUAUCUAUUUUGUUUUAAUGUUUAUGUGCGAACUGCUACGGCCCUCUGAUUAUAUUUUAUCUGUUUUGUUAGAACGCCCAGGGACAGUUGAAUGACAACAUUUGUUAAGAGAUGAUUCUUGUGAUUACGAUUCGAUGGACAAAACAAGCAACUGCGUCUGUUGUGUUGUCAGUUUGUGUGAAACACAGUGCCUUUAUCAUGUUACCUUUCAAAAUAUCUUUAUUGAACCAAUCCAUGCUUUUAAUGUAACUUUUUAUCUUCAGUCAGUCCCAUUGUAUCUUUAGCUGCAGUCAAUGCUUGCUCACGUCUGUUCUGAUAGAUCCUCUGCUGUAAAUAUGUACAUUAUCAUUUCAUAUGUGUCUUCAGACCUGCACCACAUGUUCAUGGUGUUUCUGUUUUUCAAAGGUAAACGCCAAGAUGUCACUGUGCUGGUUCCACUUGUACAUUUCUUUUAAAAAGGUACUUCAUAAUAAAGAUGUUGAAUAAACA